UAUGAACGAAGACAAGGAAUUUUAAAAGAAAGUACAAAUAGCAGUGGAUUCUGUAUAAAUCUAAUCGAAAAUUCUAGUAUUUGGGAAGGAGGGACAAGCAAUCCUAGAUGGUUGAGUAGAUUUAAAACGUCUUGGAAAGGGAGUAAUUGAUCGAUCAAGUGCAAAAAUUAAUUGUAGAAUUGAUUACAAAAUUGACAGAGCGUUUCAUAACUAAUGUACACAUCAGAUGAUACAAUUGUCAUAGAUGAAAAAGCAAGUGGAGAACGAGAUAUUGAAAUUGAGGGAAACCAUUCGAUCAACUCAUCAGAGAACCUAUUCUGCAGUAGACAAAGAGAAGGUGGAAGAUCAAGUACAAAGGACUCUGAAUAAGCAUGAUGUUUAAAUAAAUAUGUUAUUGGAACAUCAGUAAUAUAAUUGUAUUCUAUAUUGUAGAGCUUAAUUGAAAUAAAUGAGAUCGGAAUCCACAGGCAAUGAGAGUAUUUUAUUUAAUAUUAGUGAAAGAAAGAGUUGGAAAGUACUAUUAAAAAGGAUUAAGAAGCAUUGAAGUCAGAAUUGGAAGAGCAACUAAAAUCUUACUAGAGGAAUUACAAUUGUAUUUAUAUAUGUUUAAUCGGUAUUAGAGAAGCAGCAGACUAUUAUGCAGAUUCUAAAUGAUUUAGUUGUAAAGAUAGAAAAGAUUGAGUUAUCACAAAGUCAGCAAUAAGUGACUAUUGUUUCAGAUAAAAAGAAAAGGUGAGAAUUAAAUAUUG